AUGCAAAGAUUUUUCUUCUCAGGAGAGGAUGAGAAUGAUGUUUUUUGUCUUAAACAUGUUCUAGAUUUUCAAAAAUCAAUGUCCGAAAAUGAGAUAAAACAGCCAGUGGAUACCGUCGAUUCAUCCGCCAACUCUGAUAGUCUUAAACAUGAAGGAGAUAACGACGUACAGGAGAAAAACGAGAAACCAAUAUCAAAAAAUCAGUUACGUCGCCUACGUCGACGUCAACUCAUAUUAGAGAAGCGUAAAGAAAAACGUGAAGUCGAACGUGAGAAAUUAAAGCAGCGUAAACGUGAGAAACGUAAACGUGAACAACAGCAACCAGAUGAAGUAGUACUUCCUCCUAAUCGUAAAAAAUUGCGUUCAAAUCUUAUGUCAAAGUCUACCUGCAAAAUUCGUUUGGCUAUCGAUUGUCAAUUUGAUAAUUUAAUGAGUGAACGUGACAUAUCAAGUCUUCAUAAACAAAUAUCAUAUUGUUAUGCAGCCAAUAGAAGACAAUCUCAACCGUGUCAGUUUUAUUUAACUAACGUUAAUGGACAAUUAGAAGAAAAAUUACGUUCAAAUAGUGCUCAUAAUUGGGAUUUAAAUAUUGAAACAAAGACAUUAGAUGAAUUAUUUCCACAUGAUGAAAUAGUUUAUUUGACAAGUGAAUCGGAUAAUGUGAUGACUAAUGAACAACUAAAUUCAUCUUAUGUCUAUGUAAUCGGUGGUCUGGUCGAUCAUAAUUCACGAAAAGGACUAUGUUAUCAAAUAGCUAAUGAUAAAAAAUGGAAACAUGUACGUUUACCCAUCGAUGAAUAUUUAAAAAUGAAUACGAGAAAAGUGUUAACAUGUAAUCAUGUAUUUGAAAUAUUAUUAAAUUAUAUUGAAAUGAAAAAUUGGAAACAAGCAUUACAGAAGUUUAUACCAAAACGAAAACAAGUUUUAAACGAAACAACAGAAAAUAAACAAGAAAAUGAGUUAGAUCAGGCUUCAGUAUCACAAACACUAGUUUUGGAUAAAAAUGGUCUUAUAGAACGAGUAGAUGAUUGUGCAGGAAUUCACAAAAGAAGAUUAGAAACAGAUGAACCACAAACUACAAAUAACGUUUAA